CAGUCUCAUCAUCAAUCUCUGAGCUAUCUGAUCAAGAGCAACAACAAUUUGUAAUAGCAAAUUUGUUUAAGAACACCAAACGAAUUAUCAGCAUAUCUACUGUAAAAACCACAUAUUUACUACAAAAUCUCAAGAUGAACACUUUUUCGGGUCUGUCGAGCCUCAUCUUGGUGCUGAUUGUGGGAGAUGCCUGGGGUCACAACUGCUCCAACGUGGUCGAAAUCGAGUCCCAAGGCCUGCUCAACUACUUGGCGAAUGUCUCCUUCAUCGCGCCACACAAUUUCUCUGGCGAGUGGGUCAUGGACAUGGCGACUGAUGUCGAGUUCACUUUCCUCGGGGGGUGGAGCAUUUGGAUCAGCAACAACCCGACGCAGGGAAAAGCCCUGUUCCGCAGUCGCAAGGACGACGUCGAAAUCAAAAAGGGGGAUUUGGUCACCUUCCGUUUCCGCAUCUCGUGGUUUAAGGGCGAACCCCAGCCCGAGGUCAUCAGCUUGGUUUGGGACGGAGUGGAAAUCUGCGCCGACAAUGGGAAAACGGUCAAAGACAUCAAGGCCUCCAGGGCGAGGAGAACUGUGAACCGACCGCCCCCACAAGUUCACGAUAUGAACGGAAGAAGACGCUACGUCAACUGAGCCCUGCUUACUGCUAAAUUUUCGGUCUCAACUAAAAACUGCACCAAAGUUUAUAUAUUUAUUCUCACAACUUUUUUUUACACAAUAUUUAGUUUUAUACACGUCCUCCAACAUAAAAUAUAUACAAUCUUAAGUAAAAUAAAACUCAAAAGCCUA